UAACGUGUAACGUGUAAUGUAAAUAUUAUCAUGUUAUGUGAUAAACACCUAACACAUAAUUUACACAUAAUAUUUUACGCAUAUUUACAGCCUGCUGGUGGGUUACGUCAUAUUUCCGAGUGUCAACCAGAAUCAAAUAACUGCCAGCGAUCUCCCAUUUGUCUCCGCAUCGGUGAAGACGGACACCACCCCACGAAUUUCUCCUUCUCGUUUAAUGCAGAGGGUGUGUACUGCUCAGUAACCGUUAAGUGCACACUGGAUCAGCAGAUCUAUCCCGAUAAAGAAUGGAACGUGAAAAUUCAUGAGCAACUAGCUCAUUUGACAUUGAAUGGCGCACCAGGCAAUGGUGUAAUAGAAUACCUUUACACGCACGAUGGAAAGCGCCCCUUUCAACGGAUGCAAUCAGUGCCAUCACUUACAGAGUCUGAGUCCAAAGAUUCAUGUUCCGAGGCCCUCGUGGUACCAGCUAAAGAAAGGUGUUGGCCUUCAACACUUAUAGGUGGAAAGGGCUUGCAACUCUCACUACUAUCUGUCCUGAGCAAACGAACACCAGCGAAUAUGAGUUAUUGAAGUGCCUGAUGCCAUCUGGCGUGACGCGUCAUGUUAUCGACGUUCUGGCUGACGGCCAAUAAGGACAUCCGUCGAAGGACAUUCAGUUCGUUGCGGGAGGGAACUUUGCAAAGAAAACGAAAUAAAAGAGCUGUAACACGUAUAAGGACGAAAUUCAUGGGUGCUAGACUGUGCACAAGCGUGAGGAGCGAGUUGUUGUCUGCCAUACAGAAACAAUUUGGCGAUCAUUGGCGAGAAAAACUUUUCGCCGUGCGGUCGUCUGGUGUAGGGGAGGACGGCGCAGAAGCAUCAUAUGCCGGCGUUCUUGAAACAUAUUUAGCAAUGAAGGGUGAAGAUAAGAUCUGUGACGCUGUCAUCAAGUGCUGGGCAUCUCUAUACAGCUACAAUGCAGUGCAGUAUCGAAGGGAGAAUGGUCAGCCGCUCGAUAUCGAUAUAGCCGUUGUAGUUCAGGAGAUGGUGUUGCCAGAUGCAGCCGGUGUCUUGUUCACCCACGAUUCCAUCAGUGGUUCACCUGGUUCGAUGUCCAUCAACGUCACGUAUGGGCUUGGAGAGGGAGUGGUAUCUGGUAUUUCCGAGCCUGAUACAUUCACGCUCAACAGAACGUUUUACAACAAAAUCAGUAUCAAAGAAAAAUGUAUUGGACGCAAGGAAACACGAGUAUCAGCCUCGUCCGUUGGAGGGACAGUAGACGAAACUGUUGGAGCGGAUGACGGCCAGAAAUCCAGCUUGUCAGAUGAGUUGAUUCUUCAGCUCGGUGAAAUCGGUAUUCUGGUUGAAAAGUCAUUCUCGGACGCACGAGAUAUAGAGUUUGCCGUUAAAGAUGGCCAGAUCUACCUGCUUCAAGCCCGUCCAAUCACGUCGUUAAACAUCGAGAACGACUUCGAAAUUGGACAUGAACUCGAUACUGGGGUGCUGACUGAUCACGAUCUAUUUACGACGGGCAACACUGGAGAAAUCAUACCGCGCAGCGCUACGCCUUUGACUAUGAGCCAGCUCUGGCACAUAGAUCUUGGUUCCCAGUGGUCCGAAACGAAGAUAAGCUCACGGCAGACGAAAUGUGUUGAAUUGGACUUCGGCAUCUUCUCUGGCAACAUUAUGAUCAACAUGUACAAUUUAGGUUAUAGAGCAAACAGGUACACUUCCUUCAACUCCACAGAGGACAGAAAAGCUUUGAUGGAAAUGGCUAUUUUUGGGAAAACUGUUUAUCCAGAACUGGUAGACAGCAUAGAAAGACGAUUUAGCAGUGCCCGAAAAUCCAUACUGCAGAAAUUGAAGGCCGACGUGAAUAGCUUCUACCUUGCAUUCAGAAAGACCAGAAGCACGAGUAAAUUGGCAGUGAAGUAUGUGGAAGCCUUAGAGCUAGACCUAUCUGUGGACAAGGCUGAGACGUUGUAUGCCGCCAUUGACCAAAUCUAUCGCGCAUGUUACGUGGUUUGGCGGGUAACCAUUUCUGGAACUCCUUUCGGCUCUGGAGGUUCCUUAAAGCCAAUCUUGAUAAGAGCCCUCAUCACCAAUGGACGCCAUGUCGGCAUCUGGCAUGUCUGA